GGAAAGUUCUGGCCCCUGGGGCAGCUUUGUGGAUUGGGUGCAGUUGCCGCAAUGCAUAUAUUGAAUCUUUGUCAAGCAUGGUUCUGGCAAGAGCACGCUGAUGAAAUUCCUGGCGGACAACAAGCGAACCCUGGAUGCUCUCAAUAACUGGGUGCCUAAUCCGAUCAUUCUCUCGUCUUUCUUCUGGGGCGCGGGCAACGUGGACCAGAGAAGUAUUGACGGGCUCUUGUGCUCUCUUUUGCACCAGCUGCUGAAGGCAGAACCAGGCCUUGGCCCGCAGUUACUCACUCGAUACCCGGAGUGGACAGACAGGGCCACCUAUCAUGACUGGUCGAACAAAGAGUUGGAAACGGCCUUGUUUCUGGCCUGGGACUUGCCCACUCGGACAGCUUCACUUUCAUCACUCUUGCCAGCAGCUGAGGCAGGAAUCCAAGGCUCAAUGCAAACUAUGCAUUUCUAGCUGACCGGAAACGUUGCUCCGGGACGCCUUCCGCGGGUUCUGAAAGCUUCGGCUCCAGGAUCUCACAGAGCGAGACAUGACUGCAUACGUGCAAAACCAUCUUCUCGAGACCUUCCAGUUCUGCAUUAGCAAAAUGGGAAAUGAAAGAC